AUGCAUAAACCAGGGUUUGAGGAAAACCGGAAAGAGAGUGAGAAAAGUGAAAACCUCACACUUGUUCAGAGAUCAGGUCUCGCGGCGCUUUUACCAUUUCUGUUUCUCGAGAAGAUGGGAUUACUCUCGAACAAGAUCUCCAGAGAUGAACUCAAGCCAGGAGAUCACAUCUAUUCAUGGCGUAACGCUUAUCUCUACUCCCACCACGGAAUCUAUGUAGGUGAUGGAAAAGUCAUACAUUUCACUUGUAGAGGUGGUCUCGAAUCCGGAACGGGAACUGUCCUGGACAAGAUCAUCGUUAGCUCUGUUCCGAAUCACGGAUGUGGCAACAAUCCCUGUCCUAACUGCGGAGACCAGUCCAAACUCGACGGCGUAAUCUCUUCUUGCCUUGACUGCUUUCUCGCCGGAGGAAACCUCUAUCUCUACGAGUACGGUGUCUCUAAGGCUCUCCUUAUGGCCAAUCCUCGAGGAGGUACCUGCACAACAGCAACUUCAGAUCCUCCUGGUGAAGUCGUCUUCCGUGCGAAGUUCCUCUUAUUGCAUAAAGGUUUUGGUGUCUACGAUCUCUUGAACAACAACUGCGAAGAUUUCGCAAUCUACUGCAAGACUGGUCUGAUUGUGUUGUCAAAGCAUGGAUGUAGCGGUCAAGCGAACUCGGCGUCUGCGGCUCGUAGUGCUUUCUCUUGGUCGUUUGCUGGGGCGAGUGCUUCUGUGGGCUCUGUUGCGAGAUAUAGUCUUUCAAUGUCCGUUGGAGUUGCCGGUUUUGCUUGUAUGGCUGUGGUUGGAUACGGUAACUACUGCAGUGCUCGUUUGGAUGCUGACAUUGGUGUGAGAGACGAUGCUUUCAAAGUUCCUGUGGAAGAUCUCGCUUCAAUUACAGGUUUGAUACAAGGCAGUAAGAACAACAAGAACAAGUUUAAAAAGUAG